AAAAGGUUGGGGGCUCGAAACGCCAAAAAAUACCUAAAAUAUUGGCAAUCUUCUGUUUGUUUAACCCAUUAGGUGCGAUCAAUUGGAUCAGCUGUGAAUACGGUAUGGUCAUCACAGCUCUACAUUAGCUUUUAAGGUCAAAACGACAGAGAACGUAGAAUAUACGUUCUCUGAAAACGCCGGCUGUCAUUCAAAUGUCAUAUUCCGAACAUAAACAAAACUAUACAACAUUUUAUUAAAUAGCCCAAUCCUCAAAAAAUAAGUUUUAUAAAUUAAGAACUAAGGUUAUACUAUACUAAAUAUUAGCGAAUCAUGCCGACUUGGAAUCAAAUUCAAUCGCAGCUGCGCAAUCCUAACAAUCCAGUGGUUUUCUUUGAUAUAUCUGUUGGCACCACGGAAAUCGGACGCAUGAUUUUUGAAUUAUUUUCGGAUACAGUGCCAAAAACAGCUGAAAAUUUCCGUCAACUUUGCACGGGGGAAUAUCGACCAGACGAUGUACCUAUGGGCUAUAAAGGUGCAAGCUUUCAUCGUGUUAUUAAAGAUUUUAUGAUUCAAGGAGGUGAUUUUGUGCAUGGUGAUGGUACUGGUGUAAUGAGCAUAUAUGGCGGCACAUUCGCAGAUGAGAAUUUUACACUAAAACACGAUUCUCCCGGUUUACUAUCUAUGGCAAACAGUGGUAAGGAUACCAAUGGCUGUCAAUUUUUCAUCACAUGUGCCAAAUGCAACUUUCUAGACGGAAAACAUGUUGUCUUUGGUCGUGUAUUGGAUGGUCUGUUGAUAAUGCGAAAAAUAGAAAAUGUACCAACGGGUCCCAACAAUAAACCCAAACUCCCAGUAACGAUAUCACAAUGCGGACAAAUGUAGAAAGUUUAGUAAAGUUAUUAUUAAAUAUAAUUCUUUUAAUAUUUUUACAUGAUAAAUAAAAUAAAAUACUUUACAGCUUUGA